AUGGACAGCCCCGAAGAGCCGCUUGCACCCCGCCCCCAGGCCCCCCUGCCAGCGUCCAGAGACGAGCCGGGUUCCAGCGCCGGCAAACUCCGCCCGGAGCCCAGGCGCAGCGCUGCCGGUGGGGGGAGCGCAGCGAGCCCGGGCCCGGCCCCCGGGCGGCCUGGCCGCGGCCGGACCGAGCGCGCCGCGCCCCCGCGCCCGCCCCUCUCCUCCGCAGGCCGCGCCAGCCCCGCGGGGGGCCCUGGCGCCCUGUCUGCGCUCGGCGGCGGCGGUUGGGUCGCGGCACGCGCUCCCUUCUCUCUCGCCUUCUCCUCCCCCGUCCCCUCCUCCUCUCCAUCUUCCUUUUACUUCUGGCCGCCGCCCCCCCCGCCCCCUCCUUCUCUGCUCCCCUCCUCUUCUGCCUUUCACCUCCCCGUGCGUCUCCCAGGAAGGGAGGGCGCGGCGGCGGCGGCGGCAGCGGCUCGAGGAGGCGGCGGCGAUGCUGGCGGAGGAGGAAGAGGAGGACAAGAGGCAGCUCCCUUGAGCGUCCCCCCCAGCAGUAGUCACCGCGGCGGCGGUGGCAGCGGCGGGCGGCGGCGGCUCUUUCUCUCCCCUGCGCUUCAGGGUUUGCUGCUCCCAGCCCGCGCCGGGCCCCGGCCGCCGCCGCCGCCCCGGCUCGCGCUCGGCCCGGCCGCGCGCCGCGGGGGCUCCCCCGGCUUCCCGGGCGCCGGCGGGGGCUGCCCUGGCCCCGGCCCCGGCCCCAGCCCAGGCGGCGGGGGCCGAACUCCGAGGCGGCCGCGAGGCGCCGGCUUCGCCCUCGCCGCCGCGUCCUCGCUGCUCUUCGGCUCCGACAUGGAAGAUGGACCUUCUAAUAAUUCGAGCUGCUUCCGAAGAUUGACGGAGUGUUUCAUGAGCCCCAAUUUGACGGAUGAAAAAGUGAAGGCCUAUCUUUCUCUUCACCCCCAGGUAUUAGAUGAAUUUGUAUCUGAAAGUGUUAGUGCAGAGACUGUAGAAAAAUGGCUGAAGAGGAAAAACAACAAACCAGAAGAUGAAUCGGCUCCUAAGGAAGUCAGCAGGUACCAAGAUACGAAUAUGCAGGGAGUUGUGUAUGAACUAAACAGCUAUAUAGAACAACGGUUGGAUACGGGAGGAGACAACCAGCUACUCCUCUAUGAAUUGAGUAGCAUCAUUAAAAUAGCCACAAAAGCUGAUGGAUUUGCACUGUAUUUCCUUGGAGAGUGCAAUAACAGCCUAUGUGUGUUCACCCCACCUGGAAUCAAGGAAGGAAAACCCCAGCUGAUCCCUGCUGGGCCCAUUGCCCAGGGCACCACUAUCUCUGCUUACGUGGCCAAGUCCAGAAAAACGUUGCUAGUAGAAGACAUCCUUGGGGAUGAGAGAUUUCCAAGAGGUACUGGACUGGAAUCAGGGACUCGUAUCCAGUCUGUUCUUUGUUUACCAAUUGUCACUGCGAUUGGUGAUUUGAUCGGUAUCCUUGAGCUGUAUCGGCACUGGGGCAAAGAAGCCUUUUGUCUCAGUCAUCAGGAGGUCGCAACAGCAAAUCUUGCCUGGGCUUCAGUAGCAAUACAUCAGGUGCAGGUAUGCAGAGGCCUUGCCAAACAGACUGAACUGAAUGACUUUCUACUCGACGUAUCAAAAACAUAUUUUGAUAACAUAGUCGCAAUAGAUUCUCUACUUGAACACAUAAUGAUAUAUGCAAAAAACCUGGUGAAUGCCGAUCGUUGUGCACUUUUCCAGGUGGACCAUAAGAACAAGGAGUUAUACUCAGACCUCUUUGAUAUCGGGGAGGAAAAAGAAGGCAAGCCCAUCUUCAAGAAGACCAAAGAAAUAAGAUUUUCAAUUGAGAAAGGGAUUGCUGGCCAAGUAGCAAGAACAGGGGAAGUCCUGAACAUUCCGGAUGCCUAUGCGGACCCACGCUUUAACAGAGAAGUAGACUUGUACACGGGCUACACCACCCGGAAUAUCCUGUGCAUGCCCAUCGUGAGUCGAGGCAGCGUGAUCGGCGUGGUGCAGAUGGUGAACAAAAUCAGUGGCAGUGCCUUCUCCAAAACGGAUGAAAACAACUUCAAAAUGUUUGCCGUCUUUUGUGCUUUAGCCUUACACUGUGCCAAUAUGUAUCAUAGAAUCCGUCAUUCAGAGUGCAUUUAUCGGGUCACUAUGGAAAAGCUGUCCUAUCAUAGCAUUUGUACUGCAGAAGAAUGGCAGGGCCUCAUGAGUUUCAACCUUCCAGUGCGUCUCUGCAAAGAAAUUGAGUUAUUCCACUUUGACAUUGGUCCUUUUGAAAACAUGUGGCCUGGAAUUUUUGUCUAUAUGGUCCAUCGGUCCUGUGGGACAUCCUGCUUUGAGCUUGAAAAGUUGUGUCGUUUUAUUAUGUCUGUGAAGAAAAACUACCGUCGGGUUCCGUAUCACAACUGGAAGCAUGCAGUCACAGUGGCCCACUGCAUGUAUGCCAUACUCCAGAACAACCACGGGCUCUUCACCGACCUUGAGCGCAAAGGACUGCUGAUCGCGUGUCUGUGUCAUGACCUGGACCACAGAGGCUUCAGUAACAGCUACCUGCAGAAAUUCGAUCAUCCUCUUGCAGCUCUCUACUCCACUUCUACUAUGGAGCAGCAUCACUUCUCCCAGACGGUAUCCAUCCUCCAGUUGGAAGGGCACAAUAUCUUCUCCACCCUGAGCUCCAGUGAAUAUGAACAGGUGCUUGAAAUCAUCCGCAAAGCCAUCAUUGCCACGGACCUGGCUUUAUACUUUGGAAACAGGAAACAGUUGGAGGAGAUGUACCAGACUGGAUCGCUAAACCUUAAUAAUCAAUCACAUAGAGACCGUGUCAUUGGUUUGAUGAUGACUGCCUGUGAUUUAUGCUCAGUAACAAAACUGUGGCCAGUUACAAAAUUGACGGCAAAUGAUAUAUAUGCUGAAUUCUGGGCUGAGGGUGAUGAAAUGAAGAAGUUGGGAAUACAGCCUAUUCCUAUGAUGGACAGAGACAAGAAGGAUGAAGUCCCACAGGGCCAGCUUGGAUUCUACAACGCCGUAGCAAUUCCCUGCUACACUACCCUUACCCAGAUCUUCCCUCCCACAGAGCCCCUCCUUAAAGCGUGCAGGAAUAACCUCAGCCAGUGGGAGAAGGUGAUUCGAGGGGAGGAGAGUGCAGUGUGGAUCUCGUCCCAACCAGUGGCCCAGGGGACCUCUGAGAAGCUGCCUGUGAAGACAGAUGACUGCUGAUGAGCUGUCCCACCUAAAGAUGCUCGUCUAGCUUCUUUGACUUUUCUUCCUUUUGUUUUUGUGGGGGGAAACCUACACCUGGUACCUGGGAUGCAAACCUCUUCAAGAAGGUAACAUCGAGUCAAUAUGUCAAGCAGAUGACUCCCUGCCAGUCUCAUCUGUAAAGCAUCAUAGACAGUGGUCAACUAGGACCACCCCAUGACCAGAAAUCAGCUGUCCACAUGACUCCAUUGGACUUGUGAACUGGCCUUUUCUAAUAGGCUAAUUUGCUGAGGCCUUAAUGGAAACGGACAAAAAUUAUUCAGAAGGGGGUACUUUUCCAUUGUAUCUUUCUAGUGAGGGUUUAAAAUGGUACUAUUAUCAUAUUGUACUUUGGCUUUAACACCAAUGUUGCUUUGAUGUUGUUGGUUAUAAAUAGGAAUUUUUACACAUUACUGUUGUGAAUGUUCAUGUGUGACCUACUUGUAAUUAGCGUGAAUUGUAGCAGACAGCCUCAGGACACGUGUCAUCGAGGUUACGGAGUAAGAAGUGUCUUUCUGCAAUCAGUGAUGGAAAAUAGUCAGAUUCUUGUUUCAGAGCCUCAUGAAUUAAAAGUUAGGUGGACUAAAGUGUAUCCUUUAAGUUUAUACUAAAGGGCUUAGAUGAAUAAAUUUAACACUAAAGGAAGUAGAUAUUCUGUCCUCUGGAGAAAAGAUGCAGAUAUACAUCAUAAUAAAUUCAGAACUCUAAGUAUCAAUUCAAAAGAUAUCAAAGAAUAUUUUUAAAAUUUUUUUCUUCAUUGUAAUCUUGGCACAUUUACUAAACCCUUUGGAUAAAGAACAAAAUAAAAACAAAGCAUAUAAUUUUUUUUUAACAGAGAAGUCUUAUGGAUGUAAAAUGUGAAUUUUUAAUAAUGAUUCCUUUAUAUUUUCAUUUGGUGUCAUUACAAAAUUUUAGACUCACAUUCAAAAUGAAAGAUUUUUUUCCUGUAAAAUUAUUUAGUUAAAAUGCCAUACAUUUCUCUCAAAAUCAAAUUAAACCGUAAAA